AUGGUACUUCAGAACUCUGGAAAGUUUAGAAAGGAUAAAGAAGAUCCGAGUAAAAGAGAAGCUAGUACAUCUUCGGGGCCACGGGAAGAAUCAUCAGAAAAUCGAAUUCGUGUUGCCCUAGAUAAUGACAGAAUCGACUCUAAAUAUGGUUUCGACAGAAUACGAGACCUCAAAGAGAGGACAGGUUACCUAAUAAAUAUGCACACGGCAGAAGUAUUAGACGAGGACAAAAGACUGGUUGCAGCUAUGGACUAUUACUUCAUAGAGAUGGAUGGCUCUAGAUUUAAGGUGUCCCUAACAUUUCAACCAUACUUUUUAAUCAUGGCACGUAAGGAAUGUGAACAGGAAGUCAUACAGUAUUUGUAAAAAUAUGCAGGCACCAUACACAAAAUUGAUGUUAUUGAAAAAGAGGAUCUGGAUUUGCUCAAUCAUCUAUCAGGGUUGAAACAAAGGUACAUAAAGCUGUCAUUCAUGUCACAAAAUGAUAUGAUGAAAGUGAGAAGAGAGAUCCUUACUGCUGUCAAUAAAAACAAAGAGAGGGAGAAGAAAGAUGCAAUAUAUGCUGACUUGUUAACAAAUGCUCUUACUAGUGCAGCGGCUAUAGAACAUGCGAAGAAAACUACUGAUCACAUGGAGAAUGUUUUGGAUAUACGGGAACAUGACGUCCCCUACCAUGUAAGAGUUUCAAUAGACAUGCAAAUAUUUUGUGGCACAUGGUACACAGUGAAAAGUAGGGGAACGGAUACCCCCUUUUUCACGAAACGGGAUGACAUCAUCGAAAGACCGGACCCUAUAGUACUGGCUUUCGAUAUAGAGACAACGAAGUUGCCGUUAAAAUUCCCAGACUCUCAGACUGAUCAAAUUAUGAUGAUUUCAUACAUGAUUGAUGGGCAAGGAUAUUUGAUUACGAACAGGGAAAUUAUAUCAGUCGAUGUUGAGGAUUUUGAGUAUACACCAAAACCGGAGUUUGAAGGAAACUUCAUAAUAUUCAACGAAGCUAAUGAACUGGCGUUGAUCCAGAAGUUUUUUGAUCACAUCAUGGAUGUUAAGCCUCACAUUUUCGUGACAUAUAACGGCGAUUUCUUCGACUGGCCGUUUGUAGAAGCGCGCGCGGCGACUCUGGGGCUAGAUAUGAAGCAAGAGAUAGGAUUCAGUAAAGUGGCAGCUCGCGACGGGACCUACGCAUGCCGUCCAGCGAUGCACAUGGAUUGCCUGUGUUGGGUUAAAAGAGAUUCAUACUUGCCGGUGGGUUCGCAAGGUUUGAAGGCUGUCGCUAAAGCGAAACUGAGGUAUGAUCCGGUGGAACUGGACCCAGAGGACAUGUGCAGGAUGGCUGCUGAGCAACCUCAGGUGCUGUCGAAUUACUCUGUGUCUGAUGCUGUGGCGACGUAUUAUUUGUAUAUGAAAUACGUACACCCGUUUAUUUUCGCUCUGUGUACUAUCAUCCCUUUGGAGCCAGAUGAGGUGCUGCGUAAAGGCUCGGGUACUCUCUGCGAGUCCUUACUCAUGGUCCAAGCAUUUCACGCCAACAUAGUGUUCCCCAACAAGCAAGUAGAGGAACUAAAUAAACUGACGAGCGAUGGACACGUACUCGAAACUGAGACCUAUGUGGGUGGACAUGUGGAGGCGUUGGAAUCUGGUGUAUUCAGAGCUGAUAUUAAAUGCAAAUUCAGAAUCGUUCCGUCAGCCAUAGACAAGUUGAUGGAAACCACAGAGAAGACGAUGAAACAUGCCAUAGAGGUGGAGGAGGGCAUCCCUCUGGACAUGGUGACUAACUUCGACGAGGUCUGUGCUGAGAUUAAAGCGAAGUUACAGCAUAUGAAGGACCAUCCUAGAAGAGAUGAAAAUCCGCUUAUAUACCAUUUAGAUGUCGGUGCUAUGUACCCUAAUAUCAUUUUGACUAACAGGUUACAACCGUCUGCGAUGGUAAACACUAGCAUUUGCGCAGUGUGUGACUACAACAAGCCCGGCGCCACGUGUCAGAGGCACAUGGAAUGGAUGUGGCGCGGAGACUUCUUGCCCGCGACGAGAAGUGAAUACCAGCGCAUCCAGCAACAACUGGAGACGGAGAAGUUCCCCCCACUACACCCUGGCGGACCGACCAGAGCUUUCCACGCAUUGCCAAAAGAAGAUCAGGCUGCGUACGAGAAGAAGCGUCUGGCAGAUUACUGCAGGGUGGCGUACAAGAAGACUAAAGUGACCCGGACCGAAGUGCGCACCACCACGAUAUGUCAGAAGGAGAAUUCGUUCUACGUCGACACCGUUCGCGCGUUUAGGGAUCGUCGCUACGAGUACAAAGCCCUCAACAAGCAAGCGAAGGCGAAGGUGGCGGAGGCUGUGGCGAGCGGAGACGCGGCCGAGAUCAAAACUGCUAAGAGCAGGGAGGUGUUGUACGACUCGCUGCAGCUCGCUCACAAGUGCAUCCUCAACUCCUUCUACGGCUAUGUCAUGAGGAGGGGAGCUCGCUGGCACAGUAUGGAGAUGGCGGGUAUAGUGUGUUACACCGGCGCGAACAUCAUCAUGCGCGCCAGGGAGAUCAUCGAGCAGGUCGGCCGUCCCCUCGAGCUUGACACUGACGGUAUCUGGUGCAUUCUGCCAUCUUCGUUCCCGGAGAAUGUAACAGUUCACACCACUCACGCUAAGAAGAAGAAAAUCAAUGUCUCCUUCCCCAAUGCAGUUCUCAAUGCUAUGGUUAAAGAUCAUUUUACAAACGACCAAUACUUUGAGCUGGUGGACCCUGAAGGUAAAAAGUACGAGCAACGUUCAGAAAACUCGAUAUUCUUCGAAGUGGACGGUCCGUACCUCGCUAUGGUGUUACCUGCUUCUAAAGAGGAGGGCAAAAAGCUGAAGAAAAGAUAUGCUGUGUUCAAUUUUGAUGGAUCUUUGGCGGAAUUGAAAGGGUUCGAAGUGAAGCGUCGCGGAGAGCUCCAGCUCAUUAAAAUAUUCCAAUCAUCUGUAUUCGAAGCUUUCCUCAAAGGCAACGACCUGAAGUCCUGCUAUAGUGCAGUGGCCAAAGUGGCGGAUUACUGGCUGGACGUUUUGUAUAGCAAGGGUUCAAAUAUGCCCGACUCUGAACUAUUCGAAUUGAUAUCAGAGAAUCGUUCCAUGUCUAAGAAGUUAGAAGAUUACGGCGGUCAGAAGUCGACGUCCAUAUCGACUGCCAAGCGCCUCGCCGAGUUCCUCGGUGAUCAGAUGGUGAAGGACGCCGGGCUAGCGUGCAGGUUCAUCAUCUCGAAGAAGCCGGAGGGCGCGCCGGUGACGGAGCGCGCGGUGCCGCUGGCGAUCUUCCAGGCGCCCGCCGCCGCGCGCCGACACUGCCUGCGGCGCUGGCUCAAGGACUCCGCGCUCGGCGACCACGUCGACAUCCGCGACGUGCUGGACUGGGGCUACUACAUCGAGCGGCUCAGCGGCGCCAUACAGAAGAUCAUCACCAUACCCGCCGCCAUGCAGGGCUUGGACAACCCUGUCCCUCGGGUUCAGUACCCAGACUGGCUGCACAAAAAAAUGUUAGCUAAAACUGACAAAUAUAAGACGAGGAAGAUCACCGAUAUGUUCACAGCUCAGCCUAAAGAAUUGAAGUCCACUGAAGAACCUUCUGGAAGCAACAACGGCGAGUCUAUGGAUACCGAAGUAGACAUAGAAGAUAUAGGGAAGGUCAAUGUGGACAGAGGUGGGGUGAUUCGCCCCGUAGUACACACAGUGAAGAGGAAACGAGAGGAGUCGCCUACCAAGGAGGCAACCAGUUGGAGGGAAGCGUUGGGACCCCCUCCGCCCUUCGGAACUACAAAGGAAGAACGAAAACAAUGGAUAUUGUUUCAAAAGAAGAAAUGGAUGUGGCAAAUGGAGCAGAGGGGUCUGCGCAAUAGAAGUAAAAGAGGGAAGAUGGACAUGGAGCCGCGGCCGGCGCCCCGGAGCGGCGCGACGCUCGGCGGGUUCAUCCAGCGCGCGCAGCGGACGCUCCUCAACACGCCGUGGCAGAUCGUGCAGAUCCUGGAGACCGGUGAGCCGGGCCUGUUUAAGCUGUGGGCGCUGGUGGGCGCGGAGCUGCACCAGGUGAAGCUGUCGGUGCCGCGCGUGUUCUACGUCAACCAGCGAGUGGCUCGCGCCAGUGAGCGCGGCCAGUACUGGCGCAAGUGCAGUCGCCUGCUGCCGCGCGGCCGCCCCGCCGCACACCUCUACCAGUACAGCGUGCCCGAGCAUCUGUACAGGGACCACCAGGAGGAACUAAUGGGCGAGUUGUCGGCGCCGGAGAUCGAAGGUAUCUACGAGACGCAGAUGAGCUUGGAGUUCAGGGCGCUGAUGCAGCUCGGGUGCAUCGCCGCCGUCGAACCGCAAGAGGCCAGGCGGUUAAUUAACUUCGGAUCAAACAAUAUGGAUUCAUUUCAGCUAAAUCAACUCCAAUUCAAGAGUGUUGCGCACCAACCUUAUCUCCAGAAACAGGACGGUGUUGCUCCAAUAAAACACAUAUACUUGUAUCACCACUCGGCCCAGAACUCUAGUCGUAGCAUGUGGGCGCUGAUACUAGGCCCCAUGAAGAAGGGCUACAUAUACGUGCUGGACACGGUGAAGACUAACCAAAUGCCAAAUAUGAACACGCUCUACGCGGCCGAGAGAACUGCCAAGAUAUCUCAGGGCGUGGAGGAGCUGAAGCUGGGCUGCGCGGAGCUGUCGUGGGAGGUGUCGGUGGAGACGGAGGCACGCGCGGUCAUGCGGGGGCUGGCGCGCGCGCUGCAGCGGUACCGCCUGGAGCGCGCCGGGCCCACGCUGCUGGCCGCGCAGGCGCCGCUCUCGCCGCACGCACUGCACGCGCUGCUGCCCGGCUUAUCCGACUUCCCGAUGGUGCCACUGCACGUCCGCGACGUGGAGACGCUGUACAACACCCUGGAGUGGCAGCGCAUCGGUGCCAGGGCCAUCGUCCGCCACUACCUGAACCUCGAAGCCGUUCUGGAUCUUACCAUAGAACAGUGCAGAUAUUUUCACGUGCCAUUGGGCAACAUGCCGGCAGACCCGACGCUGUUCGGCGCUGACCUGUUUUUCGCACGGCAUCUCGUCAAACAUAAUUUCAUAUUGUGGUGUUCCGACCUCGAACGACCGGACCUCGGCGGCAGAGAGAUCGACGACAACAGGCUGGUGAGCUCCGUGGAGGAGGCGGGCGCGUGGCACCACGGCGGCAGCGGCGCGUACGGCGGCGUGUGCGUGGAGCUGGAGGCGGACGGGCUCGCCGUGUGCGCGCUGCUGCAGGCGCCCGCCGUGCUCGGCGCCGAGGGCACGUCCGCCGCCACGGCCUUCGGCGCCGCGCCGCCCUCCGUGCACCUCGCGCUCAGCGCCGCCGGCCCCAACGCGUCGGAGAACUACGACGAGACGGCGCAGUGCAGCGCGGCGUUCAGAGUUCUGCGCACGAUGAUCGCGUCGUGGCUCCGUGACGUCACUCUAUACAAAAACGUCUUCGCAGAUUUUCAAAUAUCGCAUUUCUACAGAUGGCUUAAAACUCCCACGUCGUUACUAUACGACCCGGCGCUGCGCCGCACUCUCUACAAUUUGAUGAAGAAGCUGUUUCUCAUGUUGGUGGCGGAGUUCAAACGGCUGGGCUCGGUCAUAGUGUACGCUGACUUCAACAAGAUCAUACUCAGCACGAAGAAAAACUCUGUCAUGGACGGCAUUGGCUACGUGGAGUUCGUUGUGCAGAGCAUCAGAAACAAGGAGUUGUUCCACGGCAUCGACAUUCGAUACAAGCAAUGUUGGGCGUAUUUGCUAUGGUUGGACGAUUCAAAUUACGCGGGUGUACAGGGCAAAUUACCGGAGGGUUUGACAGAAGUGGGUUCAUCACAGGUGCCACCUAGCGAAGAGAGUGAAAAAGAGGAGGAGGGAUCAAUAACGAUGCACUGGAACCUGUUGAAUUUCCUCCCGAACGGCGUGCGGGAGCAUUUCAGCACUGCGGUGGCGGGGUUCAUCAGCGCCGCCUACUCCGAGCCGCAGCAGCUGCCCGCGUUACUGCAGGGGGAGAUCUCGCAGAAGCUCUUCCAGGUGACGGAGCGCAUUCACAGCCGCAUGUCGGUGUUGCGGCCGGGCGACCUGCCGCCCACCGCGGGGCUGCGCGCAGGCGCACUGCCGCCCGACGCCUCGCCCGCGCUUCUCUACGUCAACGCCGUCUGCAAGGUGUUCUCGCUUGACACUGCGCUCGACGAAGAGGUGACCCUCCUCCGGCGGAACCUGCUGCGGCUGAUCGGCGUGGGCGAGUUCAGUUCGCGAGCGGAGUGGCGCGACCCGUGCGCGUCGUGCGUGCUGUCGGAGCUGAUCUGCAAGGUGUGCAACCACUGCCGCGACCUCGACCUGUGCCGCGACACGCACCGCGCCAUCGACAAUGACGUGCCGGUGUGUUUAUGCACAACUUGCGGCGCACCGUACGACAACCAGGAGUUGGAAUGGAGACUGAUCGAAAUCCUGAACAGAAGAGCCAUGACCUUCACGCUACAAGAUCUCAUCUGCAGCAGAUGUCAUCAGGUGAAACGCGACAAUUUGUCCGUAGUGUGCGAAUGCGCUGGCGAAUUCGUGCUUAUGGUGACUGCAGAAGAUAUAAAAGAGCAAAUCAUCACAUUCAAAACUAUUGCCGAGUAUUACCAAAUGCCUUUACUGUUAGAACAAAUUGAAUUUAAUCUUAACAAUAUGUGAUAUAGAAUAAUAAACAUAAGUAAUUUUA